CUGAUGCGUGGUCGUUGUUGUCGUGGUUUGACCCACCCACCCGCUGAGCAUCCCGUUACUGCAGCAGCUGCUAGUGCGUAACGCCAGAAGGGGUUGCUUAGGGCCACAAAGCAAAAUGCCGUCUCGCGCGGGCGACAGCAUCAGCGCAGCAGCGGCCCUGCCCUCCUACACCGUCAACGACAAGGGCUUUCUCACCGUGCGCCCCGCCGCGCUGCAAGACUCCCACGCGGACCUGGCCGCGCGGGCCGCCGACGCCGCGGCCCUGCUACUCGCCGCCUAUGCGCCGGACCGGCUCGGCGGCGGCCCGCCGGCGUCUUCUUCAUUGUCGCCUUCGACUUUGCCGUCCGCCACGUAUGCUCUCAGCAUGAUGGUCCACAGCACCAAUGUGCUGUGGUGGCACCUGGGGCCCUAUGACGAGUGCAGGUGCGGGGGGCGGGGAGGUGAAGGACGUGGAUCGUGAGUCGGGGUUCGGGCAGCGCGGGUGUUCCGAGCAGCUGGGGUUUUUGACCGGCCUAGACCUGG